AAGCUAGAUUCAGUUGUUUAUUUGACUAAGCCUUCCAUACUCAUACUUCAAGUCAACAUGCGUAUUAAACAGUUCAUACGGGCACGCCAUCGCGACUGUUUAAAACAAUUAAGAGACUCAGCGCUCAUAACUAACUUACACUAAAACGUUUAUUAACUCAUAGACGUACUGGUUGAUUCAGGAAGGAUGAGUUCAGUUUAUGAAUUAGUAUUAUUGCUUUUAUUUUGUGGCCUUAUGCCACUUGUCUUGGCGGCUGGGAACCAAGCAGAGUGUCCACCUUCGUUUCCAUGUGGAUAUCUUGACAAUAUCAGUUUCCCAUUCACUCUAACUGAACGCCCCGACUGUGGCUUAUUGCCCAUUAGCAAUUGUGAUGAUCUACUUAAGCCCAAAAUGAUCCAAUUACACAAAAAGGGAGUAUCGUUUCAGCUUGUACGUGUUGCUCAGCUUUUCAGUAGUCCUACUACUCCUCUCACAACUUUUCAAUUUAGAGACACAAAUCUCUAUGACCUUCUGCAGAACGAAAGUUGUGAAGCUUUCAGAAACAAUUAUACUCUUCCUUUUCCUCACAGCUUUCACUUUGCUUCUUUUCAUCUCCAAUACAACACAACUCUGUUCAGGUGCAACCGCAGCCUCCAUGUCAGCCCUCCCACAAGCAUGCAUAAUUAUACAAAGUGCGCUGAUUACGAUCUCUACUACAAUAACACCUCCUACAAUAACAUCUCCAGAGCUGCAGAUGCGUCUUUGAGAGCAUGUACAAAGGUCCUGCUUCCAAUUAAAGACGCGCCUGACGCUAACAACCCAUUCACAUUCGCAACUGCAGAUAUCUUGACUAAAGUAGAAUUAACUGGUGAAUGUGCAGAUUGCCACUAUCGCAGAGGAGGGCAGUGUCAACUUGACAGCAGAGAGAUAUUUUUUUGUGCCACUGCCAAUAGUACCUUUACGAUAAUAGGCCUUGUAGUAGUGGUGGCAUUAGUAGCUGUAGUUCUGCUGAUGGUCUUGGCUUGCAGCUUUAGAAAAAAGAUCUUUUGCAUGGAGAAUCCAACCCAUCGGAUAAUUGAAGGGUUUUUGAAGGAACAUGGACCCCUUCCUACAACUAGGUACAGUUAUUCAGAGGUUAAGAAAAUGACCAAUUCUUUUAGAAACAAAUUAGGCCAAGGGGGAUUUGGUAGUGUAUACAAAGGGAAGUUACAUGAUGGUCAAGUUGUUGCGGUGAAGAUUUUAAAUAAAUCAGAGGGCAACGGAGAAGAAUUCUUCAAUGAAGUUGCAAGUAUUAGUAAGACUUCACAUGUUAACAUUGUUAGACUUUUGGGAUUUUGUUUAGAUAGUUCUAAACAGGCUCUAAUAUACGAGUUUAUGCCUAAUGGAUCUCUUGACAAGUUUAUAUAUGAAGAGAAAAAUCCACCAGGGGUUGCUCGCCAAUUGGAUUGCAAACUAUUGUAUGAUAUUGCAAUUGGCAUUGCUCGUGGAUUAGAGUACUUACACAGAGGUUGCAACACUAGAAUCUUGCAUUUUGACAUAAAACCUCACAACAUACUACUAGAUGAGGAUUUCAGCCCAAAAAUUUCAGAUUUUGGACUUGCAAAACUAUGUCCGAGAAAAGAAAGUGUCGUAUCAAUAUUGGGUGCAAGGGGAACCGCAGGUUAUAUUGCUCCAGAAGUUUUUUCCAGGAAUUUUGGUGCAGUAUCUCAUAAGUCAGAUGUCUACAGUUAUGGGAUAAUGGUCCUAGAAAUGGUCGGAAUGAGAUAUAAUUCUAAGGCUGAAGUAAACUGCUCGAGUGAAAUAUAUUUUCCUCAUUGGAUUUACACUCAUCUUGAAUCAGAUCAGGAACUUGGUUUACAAAAUAUAAGAAAUGAAAGUGAUGACAAAAUGGUGAGAAAGAUGACAAUAGUGGGCUUAUGGUGUAUACAAACUUACCCUCCAACUCGACCAGCCAUAAGUAGAGUGGUGGAAAUGCUAGAAAGUGAAGUUGAGUUAUUGCAAAUUCCACCUAAACCUACUUUUUCUUCUUCUGCAACCCCUCCAGCCCAUUUUUCAAGUGAGACAAAUGAUAAUGUAAUUAAUGAGAAUACUAGUGUGUAGUCUAUGUUGUAGUACAUUGCAUUCAUAACUAGUAUAUUUUGCUUUUAGUUUAACCUCAUAAAUUGCUGUGUAAAUGUAUUGUAACGUGUAAGGCCACUUCAGAAGACUUCAUAACUACCCAUUUAUUGACUUAAUAUUUGCUUUUGA